GGAGAUAGCGUGGCAAUCGUUUUGUUCCUUUUCGGUUGACAAUUUUUGUCAAAUUGGUCUAAAAUAAAAAAAAAGUUCUGUUUAAAAAAGUUAAGUGAACUUUAAUGCAAUGUAUUAAAACAGAGCUUUUUCUUUUUAACCUCGACUUGCUUGGAGUUGCGGCGAUCCGCGGGCGGGUGAGUGGCCGUGGCCCGGUCCCCUCUGCCCGCUGCCGCCAUUAAUCCGCCACCGGCUCAGAGGCUACGUCCGACUGAUCUCACGAACGGGUUUCUCCCUCGUCCAUUUUUCCACCGACGGACCGCCUCGUUGGCCAAUUCUGCACUGCCCGAAUUCUCGUCGUAUCUUCGGGAACAAACCAUUAAAAUGGGAGACAAGGAGCCAGAGACGUUUGACGACGCCGUCGAAGAAAGGGUGAUCAAUGAAGAGUACAAGAUCUGGAAGAAGAACACCCCAUUCCUGUAUGACUUGGUGAUGACUCACGCACUGGAAUGGCCGUCGCUCACUGCCCAGUGGCUCCCCGACGUCACCCGGCCGGAGGCCAAGGACUAUUCUAUCCACAGGCUUAUCCUCGGUACGCACACUUCCGACGAGCAGAAUCAUCUCUUGAUUGCCAGUGUUCAGCUGCCAAAUGAGGACGCGCAGUUUGAUGCUUCUCAUUUCGAUAAUGAAAAAGGAGAAUUCGGCGGAUUUGGAUCUGUCUCGGCAAAAAUUGAGAUCGAAAUCAAAAUAAACCAUGAAGGAGAAGUUAACAGAGCGAGGUACAUGCCUCAGAACCCAUGUGUCAUCGCCACAAAAACGCCAUCCAGUGAUGUUCUUGUCUUUGAUUAUACAAAGCACCCAUCCAAACCUGAUCCUAGUGGAGAAUGUCACCCAGAUCUCAGGUUGAGGGGACAUCAAAAAGAAGGUUACGGUUUAUCUUGGAAUCCUAAUUUAAAUGGCUACCUUCUGAGUGCUUCUGAUGAUCACACUAUCUGCCUAUGGGACAUUAAUGCUACUCCAAAAGAAAAUAGAAUUAUCGAUGCUAAAACCAUUUUUACCGGUCAUACUGCGGUUGUUGAGGAUGUUGCCUGGCAUCUCCUUCAUGAGUCUUUGUUUGGAUCAGUAGCCGAUGACCAAAAGUUAAUGAUCUGGGAUACGAGGUCAAACAACACCAGCAAGCCCAGUCACACUGUGGAUGCGCACACCGCCGAAGUCAACUGCCUGUCCUUCAACCCUUACUCUGAGUUCAUUCUGGCCACCGGAAGUGCUGACAAAACCGUAGCACUCUGGGACUUAAGGAAUCUAAAGCUCAAAUUACACUCGUUUGAGUCGCACAAGGAUGAAAUUUUCCAAGUACAAUGGUCCCCCCACAACGAGACCAUCCUAGCAUCUUCUGGCACCGACAGACGACUCCACGUUUGGGAUCUGAGUAAAAUUGGAGAGGAACAGAGUGCUGAGGACGCUGAAGAUGGUCCUCCUGAAUUACUGUUCAUACAUGGUGGACACACAGCUAAAAUUUCUGAUUUUUCAUGGAAUCCCAAUGAACCCUGGGUCAUCUGUUCCGUCUCAGAAGAUAACAUCAUGCAGGUUUGGCAAAUGGCUGAGAAUAUUUAUAAUGAUGAAGAACCCGAUGCUCCAUCAACGGAUUUGGAAGCGUCUGGAGUACCCUCAUAAUUUGAAUUGCUUCAAGUAUUUAAAAGAAAAUAAUUUUAAUCCCAUUCUUAAUUUCAUGUACAGUUCAGUGUAAUUUUACAAUUGAUUGAUGUCAUUAUGUUUUUAUUGGAAAGUUUAAAAUGAAGCAAAUAUAUGUUUUCAACAAAUCAACGAUUCGGAUGCGAAAUUGACUAUCAUUGAUAGAUGAUUUUGUAUUUUUGAAAUAACUACUACUUUUGGAAUGGAUUGAGCUUGAUUUGUUUUGAAAAUAGGCUGGAAUGGAUUUGUAAUUUAAUAUUAAUUAAGCAGUAAUGUAAGUUUAAGAUGGUGCUGUGAUGAUUUUUAAUUUUACACACCUUCUAAAAUUGAAGUGAGAGACUGUUGUUAUUUUUUUUUCCAGUUGUGUAGUAUCCUUUAGACAUUAAGUUUAUUAGACUGUACCAAUAAAUUAAUUUAAAUUUUU